CUUGCAAAGGAACGGAUGGAACGAUGGAAUGUUGCUGUUUCUGCGAAAGCACAAGGGAAUUUAAACGAUGGGGCUUUAUAAAGAGCAUAAGAGAUUAGAUGAAUUGUUAUUAGGGUUUUUAUUUGGGAAUUGUAGGCAUGACAAGGCAGAAAGUGAAACUUGCGUAUAUCAGUGAUGUGACGGCAAGGAAAUCGACGUACAAGAAAAGGAAGAAGGGUAUCAUUAAGAAGGUGAGGGAACUGACGAUUCUGUGUGGGAUCCCAGCCUGUGCAAUAAUUUCAAGUCCUUUUGAAGCUAAGGCAGAGAUUUGGCCAGAUCCUGAGGGAGCAAAGGAAGUGAUUCAAAGGUAUAUGGAUGCAUCUGUUAUUGAUGAAAGCAAGAAUGUGAACCAAGAGAGUUUCCUGAUUCAGAGGAUUUCCAAAGCCCAAGAACAGUUGAAGAAAUUGCGUCAGGAGAAUCAAGAGAAGGAGAAGAUCUUGUCGAUUUUCAGCUACAUGCAAGGUCAAGAUCUCCCAACUGAUGUUCAAGAAUUGAAACAACUCAAAAAGCUCAUUGAUAACACUCUCAAGGAAACUAAAAUCAAUUCUCAGUCUAUGUAGUGUCUUUUCAGAACACUUCAAAGGAAGAAGGUUAGGCCCAAUUCAACCUUCAUUCAAAAAUUAUUGUGUCGGAUCCAUAUCUUAUUGGGUCUCAUUCUAGCUAAAGCCCAAUUAUUAAAUAAAAUACUAAAUUUGAACUUUC